GCAGCUGGCCACACAUCAGCUGGUAACACUACAAAGAAGGAACAACAAUAAAAAGAUGGAAACUGGACCAAAUGCAGAAAUUGAGCUUCUGGAGCGCGUCCUGUUGCGUCUGGGAAAUGCGGACUCGGACGAAAAACUGGAGGCCACUGUGGUCAAGUUCCUGACCCCGGUGAUCCUCAAAAUGAACUCUCCCCACAAUGCGGUGCGCACCAAGGUCGUCGAAGUGCUCACCCACAUCAAACGGCGCCUUUCGUCGCGAGGACAAGUUCAGAUACCCGUGGAGGCACUGCUGGAUCAGUAUGCCGCCGAGGACAGCACCACGUUCCUGAAGAACUUCGCCAUUAUAUUCAUUGCCAUGGGCUUUCCGCGUCUGCCGCUGGAGGAACAGGCUGGGCUGGCCAGCAAGGUGGUGGGCAGCGAGGACAAGCUGGAGAGCUACCAGGACAAGCUGUUCGCCCUGCUGCUGCCCAUAUUGUCGGACAUGAAGAUCCCCGAUGACCCGGCCCAGCGGUCAAAGCUGCUGGAUCUGCAGGACAAGCCGGCCAUAAGUGCUAACUUUCUGUCACUGCUCCAGGAUGUGCUCCUCCUGCCCUAUGGCAUCACCCAGGACCAGGACGUUCCGCCGGGACUGAGUCCCUACAGUUUCAAGCGCAUCAUCGCCAACAACUGGCGGGCUGAGGAGCUGGAGAAAGUCAAGAAGGGCAUCGUUCGCUUCCUGUGCGCCAGUGUUUUCAGUGAUGUGCAGAUUUUCGUGCCCCUGGUAGUGGCUUCGGCGGACACACGCUUCAGCGUGGCCACUCCAGCGAUCGCUGAGCUGAGCAAGCUUUGCACCAUGCUGGAUUUCAGUAGCCCAGCGGUAACCGCUCCCCUGUACACUCUGUUUGCUGGCAACCAGAACAAGUUGACGGAUCGCCAGACGCGUCCCUGCUGCGCCCGAGUGCGCCAGAAGCUGCUGCAGUACCUCAUCAAGUGCCGCGGCAAGAGCAUUAACGUGACCAAAGGUCUGCAGGUGAUCUUUGAUGGCCUGUUUGGGACAAACACCAACCAGAAGUGCAAGGUCUUGGCGCUGCAGUUCGUCGAACUGGUGCUCAGGGAUGGUCCCCGCGAAUUGGUCUCCAAGGUAUCCAGGGUAAUACUGACCGGCAUCACCAAGGUGAUUGGACGCGACUCCACCGAGCCGAACGACGUACAGAAUGCAGCGUAUUCUGCUUUGGCGCAGCACGCUCGCAGUUUCCCGCAGGACGUUAGCCAGGAUCUGAAGCUGGUGCUGGGAUAUUUCAAUAACCUGGCCAGCUGUGCCCCGGAACUACAUUCCACCAUUAGGGAGGCGUUAGUUUCGAUGGCACCGGCAUUUGCCUGGAAGACAAAGGAGAAGAGCGAUGCCAUGGAGGUGGAUGAGGAUGCAGAUCCCUCCACCGUAAAGUUGGAUGGCCAGCAGCAUCUUCUCUUGGCUAUGCUGCUGGAUAAUGCCGAGUCCAAAGUGCAGAUUGUGCAGAACGUAACCAGUGUUUUCCUCACCAGCUGUUAUCCGGAGUAUUACGCACCAGCCAGAUACUUGCUGCUGCUCAUUGCGGGCGAGCGCAAUUCCCUGCGCGAGAACGUGACCACCUUUUUGUAUGGCACCUCAAAGAAGGAUCACGUAAACUACAAUAUGCUCUCCUCCAUCGAGCAGGCUGAAAACCGCAUAAACAGCGAAUCCAUUAGUGACUUCAAUCACCUAUCCCUGGAGCAGCGUCGAGUGGUCCUGCCCAGUUUCCAGGUGAUGAUGGCCCACGUCCACGAGAUGGCCAAUAAGCGACUGAAAAAGAACACUUCCUGUGUGGUAGUUGGUCGCACCAAGCUGCCCUACAGCUUGGAGGUGUACGAGGAGCUGCUUGACUAUCUGCGCCUGUGCCUGUGGUAUUCGGCUGGCGUCGUGUCAGCUCCCGGCGAUGAGAAGUACACCCAGGAGCUGCGCAAAUACAUCACCUUGCAUUACGAGGAGGCAGAGGACAAUGCCCUGCAUCAGUAUGUGCAGUUUGUUCAGCGCAGUGUGGAGGCUAAGAGGAGCGACUCCAAUCUUACCUGUCUCUAUGACCUGUUGAAUGCGGCUCCGGAACUGUUUGCUGCCAAGCAGCUGCAUCUGCUCGAGCCCCUUGGCAACACGUUGAAGGAUGUCUCCGAGACAAUGCGUAUCAAUGUGGCUCAAGUCUAUGCUAUUUUGUGGGCAUUCGGUCUGUCCGACGAGAAGUUCGAUGAGGAAGUGGGAGAAUGUUUGAGCAGCCUCACGCAAAAGACGUUGGAGCACAAGCACGGCUGGCUUUUGGUGGUGGGACACACUUUCAAUCGCAAGAUUGCUAUGCUCAAACAAGAGAAGAAAUCAAAAGACUUUGCCGCUUGGCCGCAGUUUGUUAAUGCGGUGAAGAUUAUCUCAAAAACCCUCUGUGAAUCCCAAUGGCUGCUCGUGUCGGCAGCCGUGAAAUGCAUCUCCAUGAUCGGCAAGGCUGUGCAGAUACCCAACGUCACGGUAGAGAUCCAAGUCCCAACCAACGAUGGGGACGACGACGAUGAGAUGACCGAGUACACGAGUAUAGAUUCCUCCACCAAGUUGGUUAUCUUUGGCGUUGUCUUCCAAUUGUUGCGCAGCUCGUCGGCGCGCCAGAAAAUUCGUGAGGAGGCGGCCAGAUGUCUGGGAUACUUGGCCAUUGGCGAUGGCGAGCACUUCACCAAACGCAACCUGGACAAGUUUCUUACCCUGGCCAAGGUGCAAAAGGACGCUGCUUUGAACAUAGCCAUCUCGGAAGCUAUUGUUAACACUCUCUGUGGCUAUGAUGUGAACAAGGGCCAACCGGAUGAGAAGUUUGUUAAUCCACACUGCAACGAUGGCGACUUUGAGCAGUUCCUGAACUCGCUAAUACGCCUGGUCACCGAACCGAACCCGCACUCCCGUCAGGCGAUAUCCGUGUGGCUCCUAGCCGUGGUGAAGCACUGCAGCCAUCGUCCAUCCGUGUUGGCCAAAAAAGAGCUUUUGCAAUUCGCUUUUACCGAGCUCCUUUCGGAUGAUAGCGAAUUUGUGCAGGAUGUGGCUUCCCGCGGAUUGGGACUCGUCUAUUCCCUCUCCGAUUCUGGCAGUCAAAGUGAUUUGGCCAACUCACUUUUGGAUCAGCUCAUUGGAGGCAAGCGCAAGGUGAAUCAGGUCUCCGCAGACACUGAACUCUUUGCCGAAGGAAUGCUGGGGAAGACGCCGACGGGAGGCAACAUCACCACCUACAAGGAGCUGUGCUCCCUGGCCUCGGAUCUCAAUCAGCCGGACAUGAUCUACCAGUUCAUGCAAUUGGCCAAUCAUAAUGCCACCUGGACCAGCAAGCUGGGCGCUGCCUUCGGAUUGAAAACCCUUUCCGCCGAGUCCAAGCAGAAGAUGCAGCCCUAUCUCGGCAGGAUCAUUCCCCGGCUGUAUCGCUACAAGUACGAUCCCACGCCCAAGAUCCAGAACUCGAUGAUCUCGAUUUGGGACACCAUUGUGACUGAUUCGAAGGAAGUGACCGAGCGUUACUAUUGGGAAAUCAUGCGUGAGUUGCUAGACAAUCUUACGUUCAAAGAGUGGCGAGUGCGAAUUGCCUGCUGCCUGGCAAUUAGAGAUCUCUUAAAGCGUCCAAACGGGCUGAAGCUGCGCUCGGAGGAGCUAGGUCACCCAGUUCCCGCCGCCAACAGCAUGGAGGUGGACGAGGUGCCAGAGCCGGAGUUGAAAGAGCUUUGGGUGCAGCUCUUCCGCGUAAUGGACGACAUUCAUGAGGGCACAAGGGUCACUGCCCACGGAACGGCCUCGUUUCUGGGAAAGCUUUGCGUCAUCGCCUCCUCCUCGGAUCAUGGAAAAUCCGGCACAGCGGUGGCUUCCUCCACCCUGCCGUAUCUUCUGGAAGUGGGCGUGGGUCACAAGGUGGCCGAGAUACGCAAGGUGAGCAUCAAGACCAUCUCCGACAUGAUUGACUCUUCGGGUGCGCUCAUCGCUCCGCAUUUGGUCACCCUGAUUCCCUGCCUGCUUCGCGCCACCGGUGAGUUGGAGAACACGAAGCUCUCCUACGUGUCCACUCGCUUGGGGGCCGAUAACGAGGCCCAGGAGGCAGUGGAUACGCUCCGCGCCGAGGCCGCCAAAUCUCACCACACCAUGGAAACUAUUGGGAAAUGCGUGCGCUAUAUCGACUAUCCUGUGCUGGAGAAGAUGACACCCGAGGUUUUGGAGCUGAUGAAGUCUAGUGUGAAUCUGGGAACCAAGAUUGGCUGCGCCCAUUUUGUAUGUCUGAUCAGCAUCCGUUUGGGCAAUGAGAUGACCCCGGUGGUGGGAAAGUACAUCAGGGCCUGCUUUGUGGGAAUAAAGGACCGCAAUGCCACCGUGCGCAAGUACAACGCCAGCGCAAUUGGCCACCUGUUGGGUUUGGCCAAGGAGCAAUCGAUCAAGAGUUUUUUCGCCAAGCUGGAGGAGCUGUAUGCCGAGCAGCCCGGAAAUCGCUCCAUUGCUCUGACCAUCCAGUCAAUUAACAAGCGUCAUCACGAACUGCUUAAGGACUACAUGGAAAGCAUGCUGCCGCUGAUCUUCUUUGCCAUGCACGAAGAGGCCAACGAAGAGACGAAGGCCAAUGUGGAGCUGUGGAAAGAUUUGUGGAACGAUGUAAGCCCCGGCGAUGCAGGUAUCCGUCUCAAUCUGAAUGUGAUCAUACCCAAACUGGAGACAUCACUAACCGAUGCAAGUUGGUCACGCAAGGCGCAGGCGGCAAAUGCCAUCCAGACGAUAGCCACCCGCCUGAGUAGCUCUUUGGAUGAACCCGACCGAGUGCGCCUCAUCAAGCUGCUCCUGUGCGGUCUGCAGGGACGCACCUUUGAGGGUAAGGCGCGCCUGCUGCAAGCGCUGGCCGGGCUCACCAAGGGAUUGGAUCGAGGCCACCAGAUCUGUCCCAGCAUUAUAGAUGCGGCCAUGAGGGAGGCAAGGAAACGGGAACCCAUUUAUCGGACUCUAGCCCUGGCUUCUCUGGGCGACAUCCUCGAUCAACUGGAGGCGGAUCGCUUUGAGGAGGUGUACAACAUGAGCUGGAACCUGCUGGAGAAGAAGGAGCUGCGCAAGGAGUCCGACGACGAGGACGAGCCCGGCACCAGCCAGGAGCUGAGUGCCGAUGAGCGCAACAAGAGGGCUCAAACCCUCAACCGACUGAAGGAGGUUGUCUGGGAAACACUGGGAAAAUCCUGGCCACGUCACUCAAUCGAGACGCAGCAUCGCUACCAGCUCUUCUUUGCCGAGAACUGCACCAGCAUUCUGGCGGAGAGCACCCGCCCAGUGCAAGUCAGUCUGCUGGCAGCCCUCACCAAGUACAUCGAGAGGCUCCACGUCUUCGAUGAGUCCGCCCAGUUGCCCGAUCUGCCGCAGAUAAACCAGGAGAAGAAGAUCAAGACGGAAGCACCGACGCCCCAAACACGCAAGGCCAUUGUCGAGAAGAUCUGCACCGAUGUUCUGGCUGCAGUGGCUCUGGCCGCUGGAGUUCCUCACACGGGCCUGAAAAAGGAGGCCCUCAACAUUGUCCUCAUGCUGAUCAAGCGCUUGAGCGGGGCCAAGGACCAGCGGCCUCUGAAUCUGAUCAAGCAGAACUUUGAAGCGAACUUGGAAAAGUUCCAGCGUGAUUCGGCUCCGGAAAUCCGCUGUCGCAUCAAGGACAUCGAAGAAAAGCUGAGCAAGUUUAAUUCAGGGAAUUAAGUCAUUUAAACGUAAGAAUUUCAAUUAUGUGUGGCCAAAAACCAAGCUUUGGGUAACAUUUUGAAAGGGGGUAAGUGUGGAAAUAAAACAUCUAACUUUGGCUGAAAUUAA